AGUCAAUAGUCUCUGCCUGAUAGCAGACUGCUUCAUAUAUUACUCGCCACCAACACCAGAGCGGUUCUGUCAUCUCGGGCAGUUCAUCGUCAAACCUUAUCCAAGAUGCGGUCCUGGACACUAACUUUUAUCGCUGCAGCCUUAUUGGUUGGGUCACAGGCACAGCAGGCAGGAUUUAAUGUAAACGGGAUGGUUGACACUUUGCUAAGCAGAGCAGAGGACCAUAUUUUGCCGUCCAUCGAUAUCCCUGAUGUUUCAGUCUCGGAGUUGUUCAAAGUCCUCUUUUUCAACGUUAAGGCCAGUCUUGACGUGAGCAAAGGAUGGCUACUUGGUCCAAAAUCAGUGCGGAGGUUCGAUGACUCAAAGCUGACGAUGGAGGAUCAAUAUACGUUUAGUGUAGACAUUCCAGUUGGUGUCAACGAAAUAAACUUUGGGUACAACUACAAGACCAAGGUUGCGGGCAUUUCCGGGCCACGUGGAAACUUCACGGCAACAGUGGGUGCCACAGCCGUAACCGUCCGGGCUAGUGUCACUAUUUACGAUGAGUUUUGCUACGCAAAGUUCGAAUCAUUGGAUCUCACGCAGCUAGGCAACGUCACGGUGAGUGCUACUGGCUUGGGCGUGGCAAACUCCAUCUAUUCAAAGAUGCUCACAAAGUUUGCGGAGAGCCAGCGGGACAAAGUUCAGGCACAGAUUGCCGAGGACUUCGAAGAAGCUACAAAGUGGACCUUUGACUGCAACUCCUAUCUUCCCCCUGUGCUACGGCCGUGCCGCGAUUGCGCAAAUGAUCCUAAACCUAUGAGAAGCGUGAACAGCACUCAGGCACUGUUCCCUACUGUCACACAUAUCUUUAUGUAAAUCUUGUUAAAAAGCACUUAGCAAAUAAACCAAAUUCUAACGCUAACGCGUUAAUCGGCCCCUGAA